AUGUCGAAGAGAACAUCUUACGAGCGUGACGAGCUCGGUCACACGUCUGCAAAACGCGCAAAGCAGGUUGAUGAAAAUCUCCCUUACGAUCAAGUCCAGGAAGCACUUGGCGCGCAAGAUGAAGUUAAAGACGUAACAAAAGUCGCUCACUGGUUCCACCCCAAGGACCUUCGAAUCCAGGACAAUACCGCACUACAUCAUGCUUCUGAGCUUGCUACAAGUGCCAAGAGACCUCUGGUGUGCUUUUACAUCAACUGUCCUGCCGAUGAAUCAUGGCAUGGGACCAGUCCAGCAAGAGUUGAUUUCAUGUGUGAGGGGUUGAAGAUAAUGCAAAAAGAACUCAAGGAGCUAAAUAUACCAUUGGUUUUCAUAGAGUGCAAAGACAGAAAGAAGAUUGUGGAGACCGCCGUUGAGUGGCUGAAGAAUCACAAAAUUUCCCACGUCUUUGGCAACUACGAAUACGAGAUUGACGAGAUGCGCCGAGAUCUGAAGCUAGUCAAGACUUCUGGGAAAGAUAUCCAGGUUUCUCUUUUCCACGACCAGACCGUGAUUGAACCCGGUACAAUGACCACAUCGUCCGGAUCGCCGAUGAAGGUCUUCACGCCAUACCACAAAGCUUGGCUCAGCAGAUUGCGAGAAGAACCCGAACUCCUUGAUACACGCCCUCCACCUGCCGCGAACCCUUCAUCUAUGAAGAAAGAGCUCAAGGAUCUGUUCGACACACCAGCACCCAAGCCCGCCAAAGAUAAGCAAUUCAAGUCAGAAGACGAGAAGAAGAGGAUUCGAAAACUUUGGCCGGCUGGCCAUGCCGAAGGCGUAAAACGCAUGGAUUCAUUUCUCAAACAAAUCUCCCAUUAUGCAUCUACACGCUCCAACCCGGCCGCAAACAGUACAUCGCGCAUGUCCGCCUACUUCAGCGCAGGCAUGUUUUCCGUGCGUGAAGCUCUCCGCAAAGUCGUCGACUACAACCGCGGCAGCACCGACUUCACCGAAUCCAAAGCCUCAGGCGGAGUCUACAGCUGGGUCCGAGAAAUCGUUUUCCGCGAGCUAUAUCGACAACACACAGUCUGUGUGCCACACACAUCCAUGAACCUGCCACAGAACCUCAAAUUCAACGCUGUACAAUGGGAAGACGACAAGGAAGGCUGGGAAAAAUGGUGCAAGGGACAAACCGGCGAGCCCUUUAUCGACGCAGGCAUGCGCCAGCUAAAUGCUGAAGCAUACAUGCACAACCGCCUGCGUAUGAACGUGUCGUCGUAUCUCUACUGCAAUUUGCUUCUGGACUACCGCCGCGGUGAACGCUACUUUGCCGAAACCCUCAUCGACUGGGAUCUCUCCAACAACACACAGGGCUGGGAACCAAGCUACACUGUGUUUAACCCCGUGUCGCAAGCUGAGAAGAAUGAUCCAGAUGGCGAUUACAUUAGGAAAUGGGUUCCUGAGCUCAAGGAUGUAAAAGGCAAGGCCGUGUUUGCGCCGUAUGCAAGACUGUCAAAAGAAGAGUUUGAGAAACUGGGGUAUCCCAAGCCGCAUGUGGAUUGGAAGGAGACAAAGGCUAGGGCAAUUGAUCGGUUUAAAAGGGGGUUGAGGGAGGCGGAGGUUUAG